AUGGCACCUCUGACUACAACUGUUGAUCAGUAUAAGUUAUCGUCACUUCCAACUGAUGGCGUUACUGCUGUUCGUUUCCAACCUGGUAAAGCAACUCCACAGUUCUUAGUCGCUUCUAGCUGGGAUCGCUCAGUCCGAGUAUACGAUGUAGCAUCAGGAAGUCAACGCUUGAUUUAUCAACAUGAUACACCUGUCUUAGAUACAACUUUUUCUGAUUCUGUACAUGUAAUGAGCGGUUCACUGGAGGGAGCAUUGAAAUUGUUCGAUUGUAACACUAGUCAGAGUCAAAUUUUGGGCUCAUGUUUGCGAGCAAUUAGCACAAUGCACUACAAUUCAAACAUACAAGCCUGUAUCACAGGCAGUUGGGAUUGCACUGUGCGUAUUUGGGAUCCACGUGCUUCUAUGGGGUCAUUCAAUGCAACUGACUCAAAAGGGGGAGCACAAAGUGUUCAUCGUCAGCCUAGCACAGUAUAUACAAUGGAUAGUAUACGGAAUCAGCUGGUUGUUGGCACCGCUGGACGACACGUACUGAUAUGGGAUCUACGUCAAAUGCACGCACCAUUAGAACAACGUGAAUCAAGUCUUAGAUAUCAGACUCGAUGUAUUCAAUGUUUCCCAAAUGGUCAAGGAUACAUACUAGGCUCAAUUGAAGGUCGAAUAGCGGUGGAAAUGUUCGAUCCUAGCCCUGAAGUUCAAAAGAAAAAAUAUGCUUUCAAAUGUCAUCGCGUCAAAGAAGAGGAUAAAGAGACAAUCUAUCCAGUAAUCGCCAUUGCUUUUCAUCAAGGAUACAAUACAUUUGCUACAGGCGGAUGUGAUGGCAUUGUGAAUAUAUGGGAUGGAUUCAAUCGUAAACGGUUAGCCCAACUGUCAAAAUAUCCAACUAGUAUAUCAAGUCUAGCAUUUUCUGAAGAUGGUAAUCUACUGGCCAUUGCUUCUUCGUAUAUGUACGAACGUGGUCCCAUAGAAAAUGAACCAGAACCAACUAUUUAUAUAAGAAGUGUUGCUGAGAACGAAGUCAAACCCAAACAUAUUAACAGUACCAAUAAUACUAGUGCUCCUGGUGGUGGUUGUCCCGGCGUCACUACCACCGGUUAUAAGGCUUGA